AUGAGGGGUUGUGGUGACUAUGUAUUGGAGCUGAAGUCCAUACUUCCGAAUGGAUGGAUUUCUAAGUUGGAAGCCAAAACUUGUGAAAUGCUGAAGAAUUUUUGCAAAAUUAAGCACAAAACUCUUCAGAAAGAAGCAAUAUUAAACCGCAAAUCUAUGAUAAGAGCUGCUUUUAGAGAUGACACGAAUGAUAAUAACAUAUAUUGUCCAGUGUCAAGUGACCUGUCAGAAGAAGGGCUAUUUCUCUUCCAACAACGUUGGAUUAAAGAUGAACCAAUCAUAGUUCGGGAUGUUCUUAAAGUAGAGACAUGUCUGAGUUGGGAGCCAAAGGAUGUCAGUCCUGCCAAGGAGGACUGGAGGAUUAAGGUGAAGGUGGUUCGGGCUUGGAAAGUUCCUAACUUUCAACGUAAAGAUUUUGACGACAACGUUGAAAUGGUUUUAUUGGAUGAACAUGGUGGUAGGAUCCACGCCACUAUCGAAGGUUCUUUGUCGGUGUGGAAGAAAAUCCAUGAAGGAGACUGCUAUUUUAUAAAAAAAAUUGGAGUUGGAUUCAAUAACGACGUGUUCAGGCCAACUAGGCAUCAGUAUCGUUUGUCUUUCAAUUUGAGGACUGAUCUUAGAUCAAUUGUUGAUUCUAAUAUUUCUGCGAGUGAAUUUGAUUUUGUUGAUUAUGACAUCGUUGAGAAAGAAACAUCUAACUCCCCUUAUUUAGUGGACGUCAUUGGUUUAGUAUCAGGGAUUGGUGAAGUUUGUGAACGUGUGGUUUCUGGUAGGAAGACCAAAAUGAUUAUGUUGGAGCUUGACAACCUCAGUCUUUCGGCUGAUGGUGUUGAGAGUAGUCUGCGGAUGACUCAGUUGUCUACUCAGUCAUCCUAUUCUUACGAAAAUGAUUUUUUGAAGGAGACUGAAAAGAAGUCUAUAAGUGAUGUGAAGCUUUGUGGCGAGGUUACAACUUGUAUCAUGUAUGGGACUAUAAAAUCUAUUGAGAGCAAAUACAACCGGUGGUACAAGUCUUGCAAAAAAUGUCCAUUUUCUGUUUUUGAGGAUUUUGAAAAGUGGUACUGUAAGAACUGCCAAAAACAUUGGAAAGAUUACUAUCCGAGAUUUAGUGUUCAGGUAAGAGUUGUGGAUAACACGGAUUCCGUAUCAUUUCUUCUGUUUGAUCGCGACUAUGUGUCUUUGCUGGGGAUGAGUGCUGCUGAAUUGCGCGAGCUGCAUUUCAAGAGGGAUGAAGCAAAUUUCGAGGAUGCACGCGAAAAUGAAAUUGGAUCAUCAGAACCGGAAAAGGCUGCGAUGCACGCUUAUGGAAGGUAUGUUGAUAUAUUUGAUAAACGCUGUGUUUUUGCAAGUGACACCUAA